GCGGGCAUGUCUACUCUCAGUCUUCUCUCUGGUCGUAUCAUAUGUUGUGACAUGCGUUAGUAUACUUUGUAAUCAAAUACGUGGAUAUUAAUUAAUUUGACUUAUUUUAAUUAACAAUCUGUAUAAAUCAACGAUGUGCUUAUGCUAUUCAUAAUAAUUCAUAAUACUCGAAAAACAUAGCCACAUAGAUAAUCUACGUACGUAAUUUGAUAAAAGAAGAAACAAUAUCAACGAGAAAAUGAAGCAACAAAUAAUCGAUUCCAAAGCGAAUCCUAAUGCAACCGGGGAAGCUGACGAUUGUCUCUUCGAAUAUUUACAUGCUGAGCUGGUCAAUUACGUUCUGAGCAAAUCAACUAACGCUGCUGAAGGCGAAGAAGAACUCUCACGUUUAGAAUGGAUGGGAUUUAGUGUCGGAUAUAGAAUUAUCGAACGUCUAACGAGAGAAUGGAGCAGAUUUAAGGAUGAGCUGGACAUGAUUAAGUUUAUCUGCACGGACUUUUGGUCCAGCUUGUAUCACAAGCAAAUUGAUAAUCUCAGGACGAAUCAUCAUGGAGUAUAUGUACUGCAAGAUAAUGCCUUUAGACUGUUGGAUAAAGUUGGCACGAGCAAUAGCAAGCAGUAUCUAAAGGAGAGUCCUCGUCUGUUGGCUUUCACUUGCGGUCUUUUAAGAGGCAGCUUAGCUAAUCUUGGUAUCAUUAGCACUGUUACUGCAGAGACUACUACAUUACCAAGCUGUAAAUUUCAUGUUCAAGUUCAAAAGAUUUAAUAUCCUGAUUUUUCAUUAUAUUCUAAAAAAAGAUAUAGAAAUAUGUAAAAAGAUAUAUUCUA